AUGGCAAAGAUCGAGGAAAUGAUCACCAAUGCCAUGGAGGCUGCACGCCAGCGGGCCACGCAGGAGAUGGGGCAGAGGGUCGCACUGCCACAAGGCCAAAAUGCGCAUGCCAACAUCGAGGAGAUGAUCAGGAUCGCCAAGAAGGCUGCACGCCAGCGCGCCAUGCAGGAGCACGGGCAGUUGGAAGCACGGCCACAAGGCCAAGAUGCGUAUUGGGAAGAUCCGUGCACAGAGUCCUGGAACUUUGAUCAGCACGGCCAUGGCCAUGGUCAAGCCCAUUAUCCGGACUGUCAGGUUCUUCAUCUGCAAUGGCGGCAAGGUUGGAUCCAGGCAGGUGCUGGCCAAAAUUGCUAG